AUCUAUAAUUUCUACAAAUAGUAAAUGCAAAAAUUAUAGAUUAAAUUAAUAUAGGUAUGUUUUAGCAACUGCUAAGCUUUCAUUAGUCUUUAGUUAGAUAUGUGCAGAAAGUUAUGCUCAAUGCAAAUGUAGAAUGUGCACUCUUCCUGUGAGGGGGAAAAACCACAAGAAGCUUGACUUUCACAUUCUGAUGAAACAAACAGGAUCUUUCUUCCAAGGGUUUGUGGUAGUAUGCAGGGAUUGUAGUCCUGAAACCCUAAGGAACUUGUGCAUCUGCAGGGAAAUUGUGGGAACCUGCACCUACUUUGCCUCAUCCAAUAGUAGUGCUAGUCUUGAGGGAGUCAUGUUGCCACAGAGACCUCCUUUGUGAAUGCACAUUAACACUCUGAGGUGACUUAGUGAUUGUAGCAAAAUUACAUUUAAAAAAAUAGCACCAGAGAACUUACUGCUCCUUGCCUUUUCCAGGCACAGCCCUGCCCUCCUCCACUUAAAGCUUUCGGAGCACAUGGUGUUAGCAGAGAUGGUCUUCUGCAAGCCUUUGGGGAGCAGACAAACAUGAUCUAAAAAAAGUGAACAAGAGCUAAAGGAUGAAGAAAUGGAGUUGUUUACAAAAUACUACAUGGAAUGGAAAGGAGGAAGAAAAAGCGUUAAUACAUCCUACAUGAAUAUACCACGGUUUUAUUACAGGCUACCAGCUGAGGAUGAAGUCUUGCUGCAGAAGUUAAGAGAAGAAUCUAGAGCAGUCUUUCUACAGAGAAAAAGUAGAGAGCUGUUAGAUAAUGAAGAGCUGCAGAAUUUGUGGUUUCUGCUGGACAAACAUCAGACACCACCUCUGAUUGGGGAGGAAGCAAUGAUCAAUUAUGAGAGCUUCUUGAAAGUUGGUGAGAAAGCUGGACCCAAAUGCAAGCAGUUCUUCACAGCGAAAGUCUUUGCUAAAUUACUCCACAAUGAUCCCUAUGGAAGGAUAUCUAUCAUGCAGUUCUUCAAUUAUGUGAUGAGAAAAGUAUGGCUUCACCAGACAAGAAUAGGCCUCAGUUUAUAUGAUGUGGCAGGACAGGGUUACCUCAGAGAAUCGGAUUUAGAAAAUUAUAUUUUGGAACUUAUCCCUACUUUGCCACAGUUGGAUGGUUUAGAAAAAUCAUUUUACUCGUUCUAUGUCUGCACUGCAGUUAGAAAGUUCUUCUUCUUUUUAGACCCUCUCAGAACAGGCAAGAUAAAGAUACAAGAUAUUUUAGCUUGCAGCUUUCUGGAUGACUUAUUGGAGUUAAGGGAUGAAGAACUUUCUAAAGAAAGUCAAGAAACAAAUUGGUUUUCUGCUCCAUCUGCCUUGAGGGUUUAUGGCCAGUAUUUAAAUCUUGACAAAGAUCACAAUGGUAUGCUCAGCAAAGAGGAACUGUCCCGCUAUGGAACAGGGACUCUGACCAACAUAUUUUUAGAUCGUGUCUUCCAGGAAUGCCUGACUUAUGAUGGAGAAAUGGACUAUAAGACCUACCUGGACUUUGUGCUUGCAUUAGAAAACAGAAAGGAACCUGCAGCUCUACAAUAUAUUUUCAAACUGCUUGAUAUAGAGAACAAAGGAUACCUGAAUGUUUUUUCCCUGAAUUAUUUCUUUAGGGCUAUUCAGGAACAAAUGAAAAUCCAUGGACAAGAACCAGUUUCUUUUCAAGAUGUCAAGGAUGAAAUCUUUGAUAUGGUGAAGCCUAAGGAUCCAUACAAGAUCUCCCUUCAAGACUUAAUCAACAGUAGCCAAGGAGACACUGUUACCAGCAUUCUAAUUGAUCUGAAUGGCUUCUGGACCUAUGAGAACAGAGAGGUUCUUGUAGCAAGUGAUAAUGACAAUACUGCAGAUAUUGACGACACAUAACAGGAACACACUGUACUCGUGAAGAUGUGCCUAAAUAUGCACAAACUCUGAAGCUGCAGGCCUAUUCAUUAUCCAAAUAAGACACUUCCAUCUUCCCCCAGAUGUGUGGUAUUAAAACUUUGUAUAGGGAUUGUCAAAUUGACAAAUGGUGAAGCCAAAAUAGCUACAGUGCUAUUUAAGAGGCAACAGUGGUUUGAUUUUUGUAAGCUGAAGAGAUUGUUUGUUUGGAAUCUCUCCAACUUACAGGAGCAAGUAACAUUUUUUUCAACAUUUUGUUCUAGGACGUAUAUUAAAACCUGCAGGAUAGUAAGGAUGGGAUUUCCAAAAAUGCCCAUUGUUGGCCUGUUUCUGCUACUGCUGAAGCCAGUAGGAAUCUUGCGAUUGAUCUAACAUCACUGUAUUUGGUGUCAGAGUUUUUAAAUCUGUCAUAUGUAGUGUUCACUAGCAACUAAGUGUUAAGCAUGUUAUGUACGCAGUAUGAACUGUUUCCUCCCCCUGCAUUAUUCAACUAUAGAUGAAGGUUUUGUAUAAAUAAAAAUUUGAAUUAUUUUAGUAGGAGAGAGAACAGUUAACGGUGAUCUGACAAGCAGAGUUUAACACGCACACUAGCAUCUGUGGUAGACACACAAAAGUACUGAAUGGCAUAAGUGAACUGUCUUGUCUAUGAGGAACAUGCACUGGUUUAACCUGAAUGUUUCAAAACAAUAUUAGUGCAUCUACAGAGGUGUUUGCAGCAAUUUAAAGAGUCUAUUGUUGCUUAGCUUAAGUCUGUUCAGAAAUUUAUUUAAGCUACAUGCAAGUAUUUACCGCAGGGUUUUCACUGGUUUAAUUAAAUCAUACCACUAGUCAAACUGGAACACCUCAAGGCCUUACUUUCACUCCUGUAUAUUACCUCAGAAGGCUGAGUUGAGUAGAGAGAAGUUUUCACUAAUGUUGCCCUAUCGCUAUAGACAUAACUCCUUCCAAAAUGUGGUGAUUUAAGCUAAAAUGACAAUGCUGCCUUUGGACUGAUACAUAUUUAUCUGUAAGUAGUACUAAGCCUCCCACGUCAGAUGGUAAAAUGUAUAAGAAUAAUAACUGGAGAUACCCCUAUCUUCUAGAACUGGAAGGGACCUCGAAGGGUCAUCAAGUGUAGCCCCCUGCCUUCAGUAGCAGGACCAAGUACUGAUUUUUGCCCCAGAUCCUUAAGUGGACCCCUCAAGGAUUGAACUCACAACCCUGGGUUUAGCAAGCCAAUGCUCAAACCACUGAGCUAUCCCUCCUCUCAAACAUCCCAAUUAUGCCUGGGUGCAGAGUUGAGCUCAGGAUGCAUUUUGUGACUUGGAGGAAGUGAGACACCCUUGAGUUUCAGUGUCUAAACAGAUGCCCUUAGGAGGACAUGGACUUAACGGGCAUGCAUCUUAUUGUUUUCUCUUGAAAGCACCAAGUAACUUAAGCACCCUGGAUCCAUGCACACAACUACGAAGGGGCCAGAUCUACAUUAUGAAAGAAAAACAGAGCCAAGGUAAAGUUCAAAAUUAUAUUAAAUAUAAAAUAACCAGUAUUAUGCAUUUACAGCAAAUGUUAAAGUAACCACUUUCAUACAUUUUGCAUAAACUGAAGGAAGGAUUAAGUAUUAAGGCACAGUGAGUAACACAUUUUAUACAAAGAACUUUAACACCAGGACAGCGAGCGUUCCUUGCUCACUGCAACAGAAAGUACAAGAAACUAGACAGUAGUGCAGUCACAGUUGAUAAAUUUCUAGCAGAAAAAGCUAAACAUCCUUCUCUCCAUUAAUAAAGAUUUUAUUCAUAAGUUA